AUGAGCCCAGGUCCCUACCUAGGCCCAAGUCACUCAUACGAGAAGGAUACGUGGUUUACAUUUGGCGCUGUCUGUGGGAACACUUCUUUACAAAUAGAAGCUGCAUCCCCUCAUCCAUCUAAGCAUCGACACGAGCGAAACCAAGCCAUGUUGGGAAAUCAACACCUCAGGAAGAAGGCCUUCUCAAGUACAGCAGGGAGAAAUGCCCAUAGGCGAAGGAAAGAGAGCAACAGCCUUCUCGUGCAAAAUGAGAUACUACAAGAAAACCAAGCCAAGCAAGAGGAUCAGGAGCAUGUGCAGCAGGAACUCGAGCCGACCAGCACCAAAGAUACAGAUGGAGCCUUGUCCUCUUCAACAGUAGUUGAGACACCAAGGCGGAGAGUGGCCGAUGCAAGAAACACGCUGAUAGAUAAGAAGGCCUGGCGAGAGCACAACAAACGCCUAAUGGAAGACCUCCAUAAAGGGAAAAAUCAGAUCGACUUGAAGGAGGAAGAGGAAAAGGAAGAAGUUGACGGCAUCACCUCCAAACUCAGAGACUUGGUGGGAUCGGCUCGGGCAAGUCGAGAAAUCUAA